AUGAACAGAAUCCUUGAAAAGCUCGAGGGACCGGAGGUCACACUUUAUUUGGACGAUAUAAUUACUGCCACUGAAGUGAGUAGCGCCAUUCGGGAAGUGGAACGAACACUUGAAGCACUGUGGAAAGGAAACUUCAAGGCUGUCAAUAAAUGGCGCGAAAAGAGGCGUCGGCAGGGAAAGCGAGAUAUAAAACCCAGACAACAGAGCCAAGUGUUCGACAAAUUAAAGAAAGUUUUAUCGAAUGCUCGUGAUCUGCGAUAG